ACCCAGCCCGCGAUGCCCGCUCCGCAGUGCUCCUCCUGCCACGCGGCGCGCGCGGCCCUCCGCCGCCCGCGCUCCGGCCAGGCGCUGUGCGGGCCCUGCUUCUGCACCGCCUUCGAGGCCGAGGUGCUGCACACGGUGCUGGCGGGCCGCCUGCUGCCGCCCGGCGCCGUGGUGGCCGUGGGCGCUUCCGGCGGCAAGGACUCCACGGUGCUGGCGCACGUGCUGCGCGAACUAGCGCCGCGCCUGGGCGUCUCGCUGCGCCUGGUGGCGGUGGACGAGGGCAUCGGCGGCUACCGGGACGCGGCGCUGGCGGCCGUGCGGCGCCAGGCCGCGCGCUGGGACCUCCCGCUCACCGUCGUGGCCUACGCAGACCUCUUCGGGGGCUGGACGAUGGACGCUGUGGCCCGCAGCACGGCCGGCACCGGCCGCAGCCGCGCCUGCUGCACCUUCUGCGGGGUGCUGCGGCGCCGCGCGCUGGAGGAAGGGGCGCGCCUCGUGGGAGCCACGCACAUCGUCACGGGCCACAACGCCGACGACAUGGCCGAGACCGUGCUCAUGAACUUCCUGCGGGGCGACGCGGGGCGGCUGGCCCGGGGCGGGGGCCUGGGCUCGCGGGGCGAGGGGGGCGCCCUGCCGCGCUGCCGCCCCCUGCAGCUGGCCUCGCAGAAGGAGGUGGUGCUGUACGCGCACUUCCGCCGCCUCGACUACUUCUCCGAGGAGUGCGUCUACGCGCCCGAGGCCUUCCGCGGCCACGCGCGCGACCUGCUCAAGCUCCUGGAGGCGGCGCGGCCGUCGGCGGCGCUGGACCUGGUGCACUCGGCCGAGCGCCUGGCCCUGGCCCCGGCCGCGCGGCCCCCGCCCCCCGGCGCCUGCUCCCGCUGCGGGGCGCUGGCCAGCCGCGCGCUCUGCCAGGCCUGCGCCCUCCUGGACGGCCUGCAGCGCGGCCGGCCCCGCCUGGCCAUCGGCAAGGGCCGCGGGGGGCGCGACGAGGAGGGGCCGCCAGGGCCGCCGCCCCCGCCGCCCAGCAACCCCGGGUCUGCGCCGGGCCCCGCCGCCGGGGAGUGCGGGGCAGCCUGUAAGGAGCGCUGCGAAUAAACCCCCCUCUGCCCGGGGCUUCGGUGUGAGGUUUAGAGGGGGAUGGACGGGACCAGCCAGAAGCUGAGGCUGGGACCCCUGGGUCUGAGGGAGAAGGGACUGGGACGGGAACUCUUGGAUCUAAAAGAGAAGAGAACUGAACAACUUCCCAUUCCCAACCAGGGGAAUUAGGGAGCUGCUUACUUAGUACUCUGCCCAGUUCUGGGCAUGCGCAGGAUAGUCCAAGCCUUCUUGAGCACCUACUGUGUGUCAUGUUUGCCUGUAGAGGGAUUUGACUUGACUUGGCAGGUGACUUGACUUGACACUUGACUUGGCAGGUGGUCUCUGGUCAUGUCCAGUAACCAUGAUGCUUAUCUCUGAGGGCUGUGAGUACUACCACGCCACAAGGUCUCAUUUCAUCCAAACCACACACCAUCUCAUUGGCCUAAGGCCCCCUAACUGCCUGAGGUCACCUAGCUGGAGAAGGACGGAACUGGGGGCUCCCACCCAAAUCCGCACCUGGAGCUCAAGACGGUGGACUUGCUCCCCACCCCCACCUGAAUCUCUCCUGAUGUUUCUGUGUGAUGGGAGAGGAGCAGCUGGGUGGGCCUGGGUCAGUGACCUAACCUCUCUGGUCUUCGGUUUCCUCCUCUGAAAUGGAAUUGCACCCCUCCACCCCCCAUCAAAGCACUGUUGUGAGGAUUAGAAGUGCUCAACACGUAGUGGCCAACUUCAUGGGUCGUAUUACAUUUUGGCCACCAGGGGGCUCUGGGUUUCAGAUUUGCUACUCCGUGCUUCCCGGAGGGUGUGAGGCGAGGAGGAGCUUCCUGCGUGACCCCUGGGGAGAGAUUUGGCUUUCUCUUUCCCCCUCCAAGUUCUGCUGGCUUGGUCGCUUGUCAGGAAUGCCGUGCCUUUGCCAUCUUCUUUCUCAAAUCCUCCAGGGGACUUCUAGAAGCCUUCCUGACUCUCUCUUCUCACCUGCCCAGCCCGGGACAUAGGGCUCUUCCCAAGUCCCAGCUCCCGGGGCCUGCCCUCAUGUGUGGCCACCCACACUCUGGUUCUUGUUCUCCCUAACUGGAAUGAGGUUUGAGGGCAGAUCUCCCGCCCCACCAGAUAACCAGCAUCAUUUAUUCAGUAUGUAUGGAAUCCCUAAUGUGUGCAGGGACAUUUCUAGACAUUGUUGAAAAAAACAACAACAAACAAAACCCUCUCGCUCAGGGCCCCUGGCUGGCUUGGUCGGUGGAGCAUGCAGUUCUCAAUAUUGGGGUCGUGAGUUCGAGCCCCACAUUGGGUGUAGAGAUCACGAAAAAUAAAUAAAUAAACUUAAA